UUUGACAGCUUCACUUUGACAAUUACAUAAUACAAACAUUGUAGUGAGAACUGUGCAGAAAUGUCUGGGGCAAUUAAGAAGACCACGGGUUUAACGGGCCUCGUUGUGAGUAAGGCACCUCACCAUAGUUUAGGAAUAUUGUACGACAAAAUCAUGAGAACCUUACAAAAAAUGCCAGAAUCUGCGGCUUAUCGGAAACAUACCGAACAGCUCAUAUGUGAAAGAGCACAAGUUCUAAGUUCUACGACCGAUAUCAAUCAAGUUGAACAAACUAUCGGCUGUGGACAGGUCGAGGAGCUUAUAGUUCAGGCGGAGAACGAAUUAAUUUUAGCUCGAAAAAUGUUAAACUGGAAGCCUUGGGAACCUCUAUGUCAAGCGGCACCUGCUGGUCAGUGGGACUGGCCACCGACGGUGUCUGAAAAAUAAGUUGUAAAUAGCCAUACUGUAGUAUUAUUAAAAAUUUGAGAUAAAAAAAUAAUUCUUGUUUA